GAAUACGGCAGACGCGUGUGCGCAGUGCACACAGCACAUGGUUAGUGUUUUGGUCAGAGAAGAAUCACAUGAAUCCAUCUAAAAACUGUGUUGAUGUGGUGAAUAUGUUACCUGUCAUGGACAUCAAUAAUGAAGAAGAUGAUGACCGGAGAGGAGUUAAGCGCAAGAUGGCUUUGUCCAGUUGUGAUGUUUGUGAGACUGAAGAAGCCAAAUACAGAUGCCCCAGCUGCAUGAAACACACCUGCAGUUUGGCUUGUGUUAAGCAGCACAAGAUGGUGUCGGGAUGCUGUGGUGUUCGGGACAAGACUGCGUUUGUCCCUCUCGCUGAAUUUAAUGAAAUCACCCUGCUCAGCGAUUACAGGUUUCUGGAGGACACUGCUCGACUGAGACAACAGUCCAACAGAGACGCCGUCCUGCUCGCCAACCGUCGACACCCGAAGGAGCGCAUGUGGAUGAUCAGGAAGGCAAAAGCAGCCAAAGUCACCCUGAAGUUGCUGCCUAAAAUGUUCAGCAAACACCGGGAGAACAGGACCAUCUUCAAAAGCACGGAAGGACGAUUCCACUGGCAUGUGAAGAUCCAUUUUCCUCAGAGCAAUGCGGUUUAUUCAGAGAGGUUUCCUGAUAACAAACUGCUCGAUGAGAUUCUCAACGACUACAUUCAUCCUUCAGAAUCAGAUCCGGUCAAACGCCAAAAGUUAAAGGUGUACGUCCACAGUCCUCAGGAGGACAUCCGAGUCUUUCUGAAGGCAGAGCAGAAACAAGCCAACUCUCCCAGGUAUCUCGAGCUGGACCUGAAGAAAAGUCUGCAGGAAAACCUGAUGCAUAAGACUAUCGUGGAAUACCCAGAAGUCUUUGUGGUUCUGAAACAGCACAGUCAGGAGUUCCUCGCUCACAUACCAGAGCGUUCCAGCUCCGUUCAGUGUGUUGCAUUAUCGAGCGUCUCCAGAACUCCAUGUUCUCCAGCUGAACCACAUUCAGAAGCUCCUGUGCAUGUGGCCAAGAGGCCAAAAGUCGUCCCUGAGGAUGAUGAACUGGAGGACGGAGAGCUUCGAAGUGACGAGGAGGAUGAAAGCGCUGAAGACAAUGAUGGUGUCAAUGAGAAUAAGGAGCCUGUAUCGCAUUAUGAUGAUGAUGAUGACAGUGAUGAGGAAGAGCUUCACAACAGCGUUCUGGACACUCCGGUAAAUGGUGCGAACACAAAUGAAGCAGUUUCAGCGAGCAUCGCCAGUGGAACUGCAGAAAUGAUGGUGGUUUCUGGAGAUGGUGGCGGUCAGGACAGCACUGAGACUCUCGUUGAUGAUGGUAGCUCGCUGUGUGAAGGCAGUAAGAUUGCCGUUUCACCUCACGACUGUCAGCAAAACAUCCCUGAACUUCCUGAUGAAGACAAAAAUGGUGAUAGUGGUGCAAAGCAUGACAAAGAAGGAAAGACUGACUCUCAGCAUGACUUCAGUCAAACCUGCGUCGACAAAACUCAGAGUUCAUUGUGUGAUCGUUCUGAUGCAAGUAAAAUUGAAGGGCACGAAAACACACAAACUAGUGUGAGUAGAGAAAACUAACAUUUAUUCCAGUGAAACUCAUUCAUGCAGAUGUUCAACUGGCAUAGGUGCCGAAAAUCCUCAUGUUUAUAUUAGUGAGGAUCACUAAAGUGUCUGUGCAAAACCAUCCUGUUAUCUAACCAUCCUGAUAAUCAGACCAGAGUUGAUAAAGUUCAGAAACAACUCCAGAUAAAGACAAUAGCAGUAAUUGUUGCCAAGGCAAUGGACUGUUUUGGCGACUGAUGUUUUGAGCGCUGAUAAGCGAUAUCAGGCGUCGCACGUCAUUGUGCUCAUGGAGACGGACAAACGCAGAGCCAGGCUUUUGCAGAACUCAUAAAAUGCUGUACGUUCUAUGAUAUUAACCUCAGGAAAUUGUUAAAAUAGUCGUUCUAUAACAUGAUUUGUUUUUGUCUAGAUUUAAGUGACAAAAUCAAUCAAUUUUAUAUUUAACAAAAUUUGUUAGUCUGAUUUCUUAUUUUGUGCCUUAGAAUUGCAACAAAAAACGUAACUACUAUUCACAGGAUUGUUGCGUUACAGAUGUACACGGCAUUUAAAUUCAUUUGUUUUCCAACAUGCGGCUUUUGCAGAGUUAUGGCAAACAUUUGUGUAUUUAUGUAGAAGUAUUUUUAUGCCAUGUGCCUCUUUAAUAAACUUCUGCAUCUGUAUGUGAA